CGCAAAGGGCUACGCAUGCGCGCAGCGGCGAGCUCGCUGACAGAUUCUGGGAGGCAGCGGCAGCGGCGGAGGCGGAGGCCCUGGACUUCGGGGAAUGGGAGCGUUAUCGCCCUGACUGAGCACCGCCCCCGCCUCCCUGUCGCCGACAUGGCUCAGGAGAAGAUGGAGCUGGAUCUGGAACUGCCUCCGGGUACGGGCGGGAGCCCGGCGGAGGGCGGCGGCAGUGGCGGCGGCGGGGCCCUCAGGAGGUCUAACAGCGCCCCCCUGAUCCACGGCCUCAGUGACACUUCGCCGGUGUUCCAGGCCGAGGCGCCGAGCGCUAGGCGGAACAGCACAACGUUCCCGAGCCGCCACGGCCUGCUGCUACCGGCCUCCCCGGUACGCAUGCACAGCAGCCGCUUGCACCAGAUCAAACAGGAGGAGGGCAUGGACUUGAUCAACCGAGAGACGGUCCACGAGCGCGAGGUGCAGACCGCAAUGCAGAUAAGCCACUCCUGGGAGGAAAGUUUCAGUCUGAGUGACAACGAUGUGGAGAAAUCCGCCUCCCCAAAGCGCAUCGAUUUCAUUCCGGUGUCACCAGCACCGUCACCCACCCGGGGAAUUGGGAAGCAGUGUUUUUCACCAUCCUUGCAAAGUUUUGUGAGUAGCAACGGAUUGCCUCCAAGCCCUAUUCCCAGCCCAACUACUCGGUUUACCACCCGGCGAAGCCAGAGUCCCAUCAAUUGCAUUAGACCGAGUGUUCUUGGACCAUUGAAAAGAAAAUGUGAAAUGGAAACUGAAUAUCAGCCAAAGAGAUUUUUCCAGGGCAUCACCAACAUGCUUUCUUCUGAUGUUGUACAGCUGUCAGACCCCGGUGUGUGUGUAUCUUCUGAUACCCUUGAUGGAAACGGCAGCAGGGCGGGAUCUUCUUGUAACUCACCAGCGAAAGGCAGCACUACCACCGACUCUCCUGUGUCACCUGCCCAAGCGGCCUCUCCCUUUAUUCCAGUAGAUAAACUUUCAUCUAAGUGAUUCACCCAUCCUGAAACUUUUUUUUUUCUUUUUGCAGUGGAGAGACAAAAAAAUCAAGUUGGAGCAAGCACUGAACUUUGUCGAUUAAUUUGAGACUUAUUUCCUAUUUGACCCCUGUCCUUUUUUUUGGAAUUUCCUGAAUUGUUACUCUAGAGAACUUUUAUGUCAGGUUCCUGCAGAUGCCCUUGAAUUCAGUGUAGUAAUAUUUUCAGACUUCUUCCCAAUAAGUGUGUUGAAGCAUACAUUUUACGCUGCUAAUAUGUCUAAAUACAUGUUAUCCCUUGAUUUUUUUAAAUAAUUGAGAGCUCUAUUUAUUUAUAGGAUUAUUAAGUUCUGAUGAAAAUAUAAAUGUUGAAUUUAUCAGUAUAGUAAACUGAUGUUUUAAAAUUUCAUAUUUCAUGGCCACACUAAUUUUUAAUGUUAUUUUCAGCGAUUGCUAAUUUCCAUUUGAGAAAAAUAACUUAGCUAUUUACAGCUUUUUAAAAAAUAUGUUAAAUCAAUCCAGUGGUUGUCUACCCAGGAAUCCUUGGAUUUUUAAUUUUCUGGGUACAGAAGUGGAUGGGAGGGGAAAUGAUAAAAGAACAAAUUAUACCAGUUUGCAACAAAUCUUUUAAAUUCAGUGUAUAGGAGUAAGCAUAUUUAAGAAAAAUGUUUUCUAAUGAAACUUUAAUAAUUCUACUAUACAGAAAAUGAGAAUUUUCUUUUUAAAAAUACUUUUAACCAGAAAGUGCAUUCUCUUAGGUAUAAUCCUAAAGUGCAAUGGGAUAGUGCCUUGCUGUCUGAGCUCACUACGUAUAGGCUGAGGCAAGGCUUUUUGUACCAUUUAAGAUUUAAGUUUUUCAAAUAUAGAUGUGUGGGAAGCCCUAUUGAACUUAAGCAAAGCACUCAGGCAGACAGUACUCUUUCAAUCAUUGAUAUACCUUAAACUACCCAGUCGUGCCUCAAUUCUGAAAAUUCUUGCCAGUGAGAGCCAGAGCAAUUUUUGGCUGCUUUUCUGCUCUGCCCAUCUGUCACCUGCUUGGUAUUCUCUUGCUCAGGAAGGAAGCAGCUGUUUCCUUGCCAACAGGUCUUUUCUUUCCACCUCCCACCAAACUAGGGCACCAUCAGUUAGAAAAAGGUACAGUGCGACUCGGGUUUCUGACAGUGAGCAACAACAGGUCUGUGAGUUGUUUAACCUCUGUGGUUAAAACUACAGCUGUAGUUGAUUCCUUGGGGAUGUUGAUUAAUUAAGGACUGAUGAUUUGCAAGAGAAAAUCAGUGGAGAGUCACAUAGGUAAAUCAUUAUUUUACUUAAGUUUUGUUAAAGGUGGAAUUGUUUAAUGCUUUUUCCUUUGUCUUUUACAAGUAAGACAAAACAUUUAAUAAGAAUAGCAAGUGAUUUUAAUAUUAUACUUUCUUAUAUUAGAUAGAUAGGGCAAGCAGACAAAGAGGGAGGGGGUAAAAAAACAAAUAAAAAAAGAACAAGACCAAAACCCCAGCUUACUUUUUAAAGUUACUGCCUACAAAGACUUUAACAGUUAUGUGGAAUUUUUACAACUAUGAGAAUAAAUGGAACUGGUCAACUCUUACAGUUGCCUGAAGUUUCAGUGACAUCAAGGGUAAGAUUGUGUCCAUACAUUUACAAUUUUCUAUUCUGGGUGAUGUGUUUCUCAAUUCAGACCUGUAUAUCCAGCUUCCUGCUGGGUACCUUGACCUGCUUUAACCACAGGUACUUUAAACUAAUCACCUUCAAAACAAAUUCAUUAUCUCCACACUUACCCUGUUCUUGUAAUAGCUAAAGUGAUGCCAUCACUGUCUUGUUUCCUACACUAGAAACCAUGCAAGCAUAUUUGACUUUACAUUUUCUGUGUCACAUCCAGCUUAACCAUCAAGUCCUAUCAACUACUUCUAAAAUGAAUCUCAAAUCCAUUUCUGUUGUUGUUGUUUUAGUUUAAAUUCUUGCCUAAAUGAUCUUCCUGUUUUCUGCCUCUCUUUUGAUCCAGUCUUCACACUGGCUUUGGAGUGAUCUUUCUAAAAUAUAAACUUUAUUUUUUUCCAACUCGCCUGCUUGAAAUGAUUGAAAUGAUUGUUUUUGUGUGGGGUUUUUUUGGGGUUUUUUUGCCUACUCUAUAUAAAGACCUUCAGAAUAAGGAUACGACCAUAUUCUAGAAUGGUGUCAAGCCUCUCUUCAUCUGAAUUCCCAUUCUUCUUUCUUUACAAACCCUGGACUACUUGGGUUUGUAAAGACUAUUCUUUGAAUGUGUCAUGCACUUGCUAUUCUUUAGAUAUGCCAUUACCUAUGCUUUUUGAUAGGUUAUUCCAUCUUCCUAAAAUGACAUUCUACUUUCAGUCAAGCAAAUGCUUUUUUUCUUAUUGCAUGUGAAGUUAACUAUGAAAACAACGUAUACCUACUGACUAAAAUAUUUAAGCAAUGUAGACAUCUAUAUAUAUGAUUUUUAAAAAUCCACCUUUUAUUAUGUAAUCUCUUAGGUAACUUCUGUUAACAAUUUGCUAUAUAUUGUGCAAGAUGUGUUCUGCAUUACGGUGUAUAUAUGUAUAUAAAUGCAGGAAACCAACAUGUCAUUGACAUCUCUUACCAUAUCUAAUCCCUCACCAAAUCUUACUGCUUUCAUCUUCUAGAAUCUCCUUUUUAUCUCUCCUGCCAAUCCAGAUCCAGGCUGUCGAUCAUUUCCUUUGUAGGCUUCUAACUCCCACUUUUGCCUAACCCACUCACUUUGAUCAGCUACCUGUUCAUUCUCUCUAAAGCAACUAGAGUUAUCCUCUUAAAACUGCAGAUGUGAUCUGUCUCCUGGCUUACAGCUUUUUAUUUGCUUCCUGUUUUUCUUAUGAAUAUACUAUAAAGUAUUAAUCCUGGCCUAGGAGGCCCUGAGGAAUCUGGCCCUCACCUCUUCCUCCUCUUAUUUUCUGUGCUCCACCCUCACUGGCUAGUUUGCUUCUUAAAUACAUCAUGUUCUCUCCUGUUUUAUGAGAUCCUUUUCCCUGAAAGCAUGGAAAACUUUAUUUCUGUAAACUUAUUCUUUUAUAUAGAUGGUAAAUUUUAAAUUAGCUAAGUCUUAAGUUCAUACAAUUUACAUUAUCAUAGUAUUGUUCAUUACUUUAAUCACUCUUCAGCUCAUGUAAAAAUUGUCCUUCAGAAACCAUAUUUAUGGUAUCAAUAUUGCUAAACUAUAAACUUUGUGCAAAAAAGUCCGUAACAUAUAAAGUACAGUUUGUCAUAUAUAAUAAAAUUCUGUGGUAGUUUUAUCAUUCUUAUGUCCAUUAGAAACAUAGUGUAAAUGGAAGAAAUAAUUAACAGUCACUAUAUCCAAGUCUGCUGGGUUCCAGAACCUUUAAGUGUACUUAAAAGAUUGUAAUUAAGAGCAACUUAUAUCAGGUUGCCUACCAGUGAUUCGUAUUAGUCCAGCCCACUACCAUUAUAUACCUACAGUAAAAAACCACAUGAGCUACUUGGCAGUAAAAUGGGUUAAGAAUCAAAACUUAUGAAGGAAAUAAAACACAGAACUUUUUUUCCCUGUAGGUAUGUUUAGCAUUAGUAGAAAAGUUUGAACAUUCAAAUGAGCUAGACAGUAAUAGUUGGUUGCCAGACAAUGAGCUGAGGAGGAUGAUGUAACCUCCAAUUCCUGGAUAGCAUCAGAGAACAGAAGAAAGUGUUUGCCUUAGAAAGGUGGAAUGGAACUUUUUUUUUUUUCUAAAACCAAAAGGAGAAGGCUAGAUAAAGUCAUCAGUGUUGAAUUGAUUGCUAUUGGAGUAGUUCAGGGAUUCAGAGGAGGAUAGAUGGAUGGAAAGGAGAAUGAACUUGUAUCUGAUUGCUUCUAUAUCUCAAUUACUGAGAAAUCUAGGAUAUUUGUGGGUGAGGGCAGCAGUGGAUUUGGAAGCUUGAGUGGAAAAUAAAGACUUAAUGUUGCUCUCAGAAUCUGGAUGUAAAGGAGUGAUUUAAGGGCGAGUCAGUUUAUUGGGCCAUAUUGGAUGCCACAUUGCAGUUGGAUAGUAGUUACAAAGGAAGUGGUUAAAUCGACUAGAUUUGAGAAUUAGUUAAGUGGGAACUAAAGUCCAAUGAAUAAAACAAUUAAGGGUUCUGCUAAAAAUGUAAUUUGAAUGAUUGGCCAAGCCAUUGAGGAUGGUUAGAGAAGUCAACAGAGGGUGGAGGACUAGGCCACUUUUUUCAAAGUCCUACUUAUGAUCAGCCAGGCCAAAGUAUGCAGAGAAUCUAAUGUCACUGUAUCAUUUUUUCCAUUAUUUUUUAUGAGUUAUUUUGUUUAGCUAGAGAAAUGCCCCAUAGUCAAGAUUUGACUUCCAAUAUUUGAUAAAAGUUUGUGUUAACAACAGCUAAGACACCAUUCUUUAACAUCCAAGUAAAAAUUUUUCUUAGAAAUUGAAAUAAUCUUUAUAUCAAAGAUAAUAAAAUACUUGCUAUAUGUCAGGCACUAUUCUAAGUGCUAAAAAUAUGUAUUAAUACAUUUAAUUUUUAUUAUAGUCAUCUAAUUUUUAUCACUUUAGAAAUGAAGAAGUAGAGACACAGCAGUUGCUCAGGAUUCCAAAGCUGGGAGGUAGGCAGUGUAUUAUACUGGUUCAGAAUGCAAGACUGCAAAGCCAGGUGGUUGUGGUGAGGAUUAAAUUGGAGAAUGUAUGUAAUGCACUUCAGUAACAGUGCUGAGCAGUUUCUGUGAAUUGUCAACUAUCAUUAUUGUGGGUGAUGAUUGUCAUUGUCACUUGGACUUGCUAAGGAAUCUUUUAUCAUCCUUGAUUGAUGGAACUUCUGCUUUGACAUCCAGUAACAGCACACUCUCAGCCCUUCAAGGCAGCCUGUCCUUUUCUAAGAUGUUUUUGAUGUUUAAAAGUCUCUCUUAUACUGAACAGACAUUUCCCUCCAUAACUUCUAGUGUUUAAUUCAAGUCCAGCUUGCUGGAAAAUGGAGAACAAGCCUUAUCCUUUUUUUAAUGUGUUGCCCCCCCUUUAAUCAGAAACACCACUACUUCUCUGAUGACUGCUUCUGGCUUCUGGAGUUUAGAAAUCUUGAGCAUUUCUUCAGAGUGCUUCCUCUGUGAAAUAAGGCUAUUAUUACUUGGCAACCAAGAUAUACUCAGAAGAUUGUGAUUCCUUCAAGACUGCCUUCCAAGGUGGGAAGUGAGAGAUGGCCUAAUAACCAGAGUUUUUGCCAAUAAUAAAAAUUAGUGUCAGUCUGAGCACUCAAUAUAGAUCUAGAUCCUGCUUUCAGUGAUUAUAUGCAUGAGUUCAUUUAAUCCUCAUGACAACACUAAGAGGCAGGUGCUGUGAAUAUUCUCUUCUUGUUUAACAGACUAGGAAAACAAGUACAUUUUUUCACACUUCUGUUACUUCCUGUUUUUUCACUUUUAAAUUUAGGUUCUUUUUGUUUUUCCUGAUAAAUAGUAUUUUUUUUUUCUUAUUUGAGAUAAAGCCUGUUUUCCACCAAACAACUUGUUCAUUUUGUUAAUGCUGCCACUUCUGGUUUUAUUCAAAUUGUAUGUUUAUUAUUAGAUAUUAUUAUCAGAGGAAUAUACCAAGAGGAUUAUUUUCUUUUAUAAUAGGUAAAAAAGUGUAUAGGAAGAAAUCACUGCUUUGCAUAUUUUUAACUGAUAACACAUUUGAAGUAAGGAAAUAGCCAAACCACAAAUUUUAGUGUUUUUAUUAUUUCCUUUAAAUAUGCAUAAACUUUUGUUUACAUACAUGUAUCUCUUUGUUAUAUUUUAUUUAUGCACUAUGAAAUUGAUUUGGUUGUUUUUAGUUUUAUUGUACCUCAGGAAGAACCAAUUUGAUCCUUUUCUCCUCCCCUCCAAAAAAAACCUCUGCAUAUUAAAAAUGUGUCACUUUUUUAAAAGAAAAAGUAACAUAAAGAAUGAUCCCAAACUUCUUAUUACCUAAAUAAUAACAAGUUUGAAAAAAAAAUAACAAGUUUGACUUCUUUCUGUACUGAAAGCUUUUCCCAGGGUGAAAAGUCAAGUAAUCCUUGAGAAACCUUAAUUUUACUUCAUAGACUAUCAUUUUGCCAUAGAGUAAAAGAACUCAGAAAAAGAAAACUUCCCUUUGAAUGCAUUCAAGAAUUAGUACUUAGACUUCAAAUUUCACAUAGUAAUGUCCUUGAUUUUUUGAAACAAAUUGAAAGCCAAUUUUUAAAGUUCAAUGACUAUUUAAAAAAUCACUUCAAAAGUGACGUGUAGUUCUUUCUACAUAUAGCUAGUUAGGCAAAUAACAUCAAAUACUGGAGCCUGAUGCACACAUGCCCAAAUGCGUAUGAGCACACACAGAUACACAAAAGACCUACCUCGUGCACCUUUUUUCUGUGGGCCUAGAGUCAUAUUUAGCUUUCUGCCCUUUUCAAAUUUCCUUCUGUUUUCCCCUCAUCAGUUUUCUUAGGUUGAAUUUUGCAGUGUUACUGAAACACACACACAAAGGUACUGCUGAGCUUUACAUAAAGUGUUUUGUGCUUUGAUUUUGUAUCACCUUUGCACAUUUCAAGUGCUGUGCUAAAA